AUGUCCUCAGUCAGUGAAGUAAAUGUUGACAUCAAGGAUUUCCUAAUGAGCAUUAAUUUGGAGCAGUAUCUCUUACAUUUCCAAGAGUUUGGUUUUUAUACCGUGAAGGACUGUGCAGCAAUAAAUGAUAGUGUGCUACACAAAAUUGGAAUAUCACCUACAGGGCACCGUAGGAGGAUACUUAAACAGUUACAGAUAAUAUUGUCAAAAAUGCAAGAAAUCCCAAUAUAUGCAAAUGUUCAUAAGACGAAGAAUGGAAACAAUUCAAAAGAUCACCGCCACGCUUCCUCUUCUGAUCAGAACACCUGCAAAGAACUUUCCAAUUCUGGUUGUAUUCAGAUACCUAGCUCAACACAGUUGGAGACCUUUACAAAAAAUCUUGAUCAAAAUGAUGCUAGUAUGGAAAAUAACCAGUCCCUUGAAUCAGAUGUUAAGCUAUCUCUUUCUAACCAGGACCUCCCCAUUCCAGAAGAACAACACCUGGGUUCCUCUCAUGAGUCUUUACUUGGUAGUGAAAAUAUUGAAAUAGAAUCUUUGACUGCAAAAAAGGCAGUUGAUCGUACAGUUGAAGAACAACAAGCAGAAAAAGUUGAUUUGAUAUCAGAAAACUUCAGCAACCUUCCUAGUACGAAACCUGAAUGUGUCUCUUCCUUCGAUUGUUCAACCUCAGAAGCAAAUUCUGGAAAUGGAGCUAAUGGUUUAUUAGAAAGCUCGCCACCAUCACCAUUCUUUGAGUUUCAGGGAGAAAUGGUUGUGAAUGAUUUGUAUGUGCCGUCAUCUCCAGUCUCAGCGCCCAUGAGAAGUCGUAGCAAGUUGGUUUCAAGACCUUCCCGCUCUUUUCUGCUAAGACAUCGGCCUGUACCAGAGAUCCCAGGGCCAGCAAAAGGAAUUUCAGGGAGCUACUUCCGUGAGAGAAGAAGUGCUACUACCUUACCUGGAAAAUCUGUGACACUGCAAAAUUCAAGUGAGGAGAAUUCAUCAUCCAUCUUUCCUUAUGGAGAGACUUUUCUCUUCCAGAGACUAGAAAAUUCCAAGAAGAGAUGUAUAAAGAAUGAAUUUUGGACUCAUGAAGAAACAGUCAAAGGAGAAGCAAAUACUGCAAGGAACUCAUUUUUUAUCAAAUCAAGCAUAUAUGAUAACAAGCAGGAGAAAUUAAGUGAAGACAAAGUAGAAGAUAUUUGGAUACCUCGAGAGGACAAAAACAAUCUUCCAAGAGACUCUGCUUCUGAAUCAGAAUACUCCACAGUAGAAGAGUGCUUUCAGAGUUUAAAAAGAAAAAAUUCAAAGGCGUCCAAGUCCAGGACUCAAAAACCAUUAAAUUCGGACCCUGUUAAUAGGCACAGUUAUCCUCUAAGCUCAACAAGUGGAAAUGCUGAUUCAGCUGUCUCCUCGAGUGCCAUCUCUCCCUAUGCCUGUUUUUACGGAUCUUCUGCUGCAAGAGUUAAGUCAGGGUGGCUAGACAAACUCUCUCCUCAAGGAAAACGCAUGUUUCAGAAGAGAUGGGUGAAAUUUGAUGGCCUUAGCAUUUCUUACUACAAUAAUGAAAGGGAGAUGUAUUCAAAAGGAAUAAUUCCCAUUUCUGCUGUGUCUACAGUACGAGUUCAAGGAGACAACAAAUUUGAAGUUGUUACAACACAAAGGACUUUUGUGUUUAGAGUAGAAAAAGAAGAGGAGAGAAAUGACUGGAUCAGCAUACUAUUAAAUGCAUUGAAAUCACAGUCCUUCACUUCCCAGUCUCAAGCAGCUGUUGCACCUGAGAAGUGUGGAUAUCUUGAACUGAGAGGAUAUAAAGCCAAAAUUUUUACUGUGUUAAAGGGAAGCAACGUGUGGCUUUGCAAAAAUGAACAGGAUUUUAAGAGUGGACUUGGUAUUACUGUAAUUCCUAUGAAUGUAGCGAAUGUAAAGCAAGUGGACCGAACUGUGAAACAGUCUUUUGAAAUAAUUACCCCCUAUAGGAGUUUCAGCUUUACAGCCGAGUCCGAAAAAGAGAAACAAGACUGGAUUGAAGCUGUGCAGCAGUCGAUAGCAGAAACGCUCUCUGAUUAUGAAGUAGCAGAGAAGAUUUGGUUCAAUGAGUCCAACAGGAGCUGUGCAGAUUGCAAAGCCCCAGACCCUGACUGGGCGUCCAUCAACCUGUGUGUUGUCAUCUGUAAGAAGUGUGCAGGACAACAUAGAUCUUUGGGACCAAAAGACUCCAAGGUUAGAAGUCUAAAAAUGGAUGCCAGCAUUUGGAGCAACGAGCUCAUUGAGCUUUUUAUCAUCAUUGGAAACAAAAGAGCAAAUGACUUUUGGGCUGGUAACCUUCAAAAGGAUGAAGAAUUGCACAUGGACUCACCAGUGGAAAAGAGAAAAAACUUUAUUACUCAAAAAUACAAAGAAGGGAAAUUCAGAAAGACUCUCUUGGCAUCUCUAACCAAAGAAGAAUUAAAUAAGGCUCUGUGUGCUGCUGUAGUGAAACCAGACGUGCUGGAAACGAUGGCUUUACUGUUCAGUGGAGCUGAUGUCAUGUGUGCGACUGGAGACCCCGUACAUAGCACCCCCUAUCUCCUGGCCAAGAAGGCUGGGCAGAGUCUGCAAAUGGAAUUUCUCUAUCAUAACAAAUUCUCAGAUUUCCCUCAACAUGACAUUCAUUCCGAGGGUGGGUUAAAUCAAGAUGCCACCCAGUCCGUGUUCCUCUGUGACUUCUUGUAUCAGGCUCCUGCUGCUGCUUCUAAAGUCUCUUCAGAGAAAAAACUGCUUGAAGAGACAAAUAAAAAGUGGUGUGUUUUGGAAGGUGGCUUCUUGAGUUAUUAUGAAAAUGAUAAGUCUACCACACCUAAUGGGACCAUUAACAUCAAUGAAGUUAUCUGCCUGGCUGUUCACAAGGAAGACUUCUAUUUAAAUACCGGGCCUAUAUUUAUCUUUGAGAUCUACUUGCCCUCAGAACGUGUGUUUUUAUUUGGAGCUGAAACAUCUCAAGCUCAAAGAAAAUGGACAGAGACCAUAGCCAAGCAUUUUGUUCCCUUUGUUGCUGAAAACUUAACAGAAGCCGACUAUGAUUUGAUUGGUCAACUCUUCUACAAAGACUGCCAUGCCCUGGAUCAGUGGAGGAAAGGCUGGUUUGCUAUGGACAAAUCUAGUUUACGUUUUUGCCUCCAAAUGCAAGAAGCUCAGGAAGAUAGAAUGCACUUAAGAAGACUGCAAGAGCUAACAAUCAGCACAAUGGUUCAAAAUGGGGAAAAAUUGGAUGUCUUACUCCUGGUAGAAAAAGGGAGAACAUUAUACAUCCAUGGGCAUACCAAGUUGGAUUUCACAGUCUGGUAUACUGCAAUUGAAAAAGCAGCAGGUACAGAUGGUAAUGCAUUACAAGAUCAGCAGCUCAGCAAAAAUGACGUGCCCAUUAUUGUGAACAGCUGUAUAGCAUUUGUUACACAGUAUGGUUUAGGAUGCAAAUAUAUCUACCAAAAGAAUGGUGAUCCUUUGCGCAUCAGUGAACUCCUGGAGAGUUUCAAAAAGGAUGCAAGAAGCUUUAAAUUGAGGGCUGGGAAACAUCAGCUUGAAGAUGUGACAGGCGUGUUGAAAAGCUUUCUCUCUGACAUUGACGAUGCACUUCUUACCAAGGAGCUCUACCCAUAUUGGAUCUCUGCAUUAGAUACACAAGAUGACAAGGAAAGAACUAAGAAGUAUGGAGCAUUUAUACGUACUCUUCCAGGGGUCAACCGAGCAACGCUGGCAGCUAUCAUCGAACACCUUUAUAGGGUUCAAAAGUGCUCAGAAAUCAAUCACAUGAAUGCCCAUAAUUUGGCCUUGGUCUUUUCAUCCUGUUUGUUUCAAACUAAGGGACAAACAAGUGAAGAAGUGAAUGUAAUUGAGGACCUAAUUAAUAAUUAUGUUGAAAUAUUUGAGGUUAAAGAAGACCAAGUCAAACAAAUGGACAUAGAAAAUAGCUUUAUUACCAAGUGGAAAGACACUCAAGUUUCCCAGGCUGGAGAUUUGUUAAUUGAAGUGUAUGUGGAAAGGAAGGAACCCGACUGUAGUAUUAUAAUUCGGAUAUCUCCUGUGAUGGAAGCAGAAGAAUUAACUAAUGAUAUAUUAGCAAUAAAAAAUAUUAUUCCCACAAAAGGUGACAUUUGGGCCACAUUUGAAGUCAUUGAAAAUGAAGAGCUAGAGCGUCCUCUUCACUACACAGAAAACGUGUUGGAGCAGGUGCUUCGGUGGAGUUCAUUAGCAGAACCUGGCUCAGCUUAUCUUGUGGUGAAGAAAUUCUUAACCAUGGAUGUGAUUAAACACCACAGAGAAAGAGAAACAUUAAAGAAUAUCAAAGAAGGAGUCUUGAAAAUCAAAGAAGAACCAUCCAAAAUACUGUCUGGAAAUAAGUUUCAAGACCGCUAUUUUGUCUUACGGGAUGGACACCUUUUUCUUUACAAGGAUCCAAAGAGCAGUAAAUAUGACAAAAUGUUUCCUCUCAGUGCAAUGAAGUUUUAUCUUGGUGUGAAGAAGAAAAUGAAGCCUCCAACCAGCUGGGGAUUGACCGCAUUCUCUGAAAAACAUCACUGGCACCUGUGUUGUGAAAGUUCACACACUCAGAUGGAGUGGAUGGCCAGUAUCUUUAUUGCACAGCAUGAAGAUGACAUAUGGCCGCCAGCUGGAAAGGAACGGAAACGGUCAAUAACCAAAAAUCCAAAAAUUGGAGGUUUACCUCUGAUUCCAAUUCAGCAAGAGGCAAAUGCAACCCAAGCCCAGAGAAGCUUUGAGAGUGCAAAAGCAGAACUUGAAAGGCUGCGGCUCAGUGAAAAGCAUGACAGAGAGUUCAUGGACCCUAGCUUGAAGGACAGAGCCUCCAUCGUAGCCCAGUGCCUGGAGCACAAGGAGGACAAACUUCGAAAUCGUACCAGAAAACACCGGAGUUUCAACUGCCUGGAGGACACAGAGUCCGAGGUUCCACGUGGGCACCAGAAAGGCCACAAAGGCCUAAAGACAUUGGGCAAGGCCGAAGAUAGGAAUAGCAAAGCUGCUUUGGACACUGAUCAUAAAUUGCCAUCAAAGGUCAUUGAAGAACUUAGUGUGGUUCUACAGCGGUCAAGAACCCUUCCUAAAGAGUUAUAG